AUGGUCUCCAAAGAGACCCAGAGCCGCAAGAGCCCAAGAGCCCUCAAGAGCCAAGAGCCCAAGAGCCCCAGCCCAAGACUCCAAGAGCCCGCUAAGAGCUCCAGAGCCCAAGAGCCAAGGCUCCAGCACAAGAGCCCAAGAGCGCCCCAAGAGCCAAGCCCAAGCAAGAGCGAGCCCAAGAGCCCCCCAAGAGCCCAAGAGCCCAAGGACCCAGAAGCAAGAGCCCAAGAGCUAAGAGCCGCAGGAGCAAAGAGCCCAAGAGCCCAAAGAGGCAAGGAGUCCCAAGAGCCCAAAAGCCCAGAGCAAGAGCCUCAUGAGCCAAGAGCCCCAAGAUCCCAAGAGCCAAGAGCCCAAGAGAGCAAGAGCCCGAGAGCCAGCCCAAGAGCCAAUGAGCCCAAGAGCGAGCGCCCAAGAGCCCAGGCCCAAGAUGCCCAAAGGAGCCCAAGAGCCAGUCCCAAGAGCCCAAGAAGCCGAGCAAGAGCCACGCCAAGAGCCCAAGACCCAAUGAGCCCAAGAGCCCAGCGAUGCCCAGAGACAGAGCCCAGAAGCCCAAGAGCCCAAAGUCCCAAGGAGCCCAAGAGCCCAGAGAUUCUCCAAGGCCCAAGAGCUCCAGACCCAAGAGCCCAAGAAGCCAAGAGCCCAAGAGCCCAAGAGCCCACAGGAGCCCAGCCCAAGAGCCCAAGAGCCCAAAGGAGCCGCAAGGCCCAAAGCCAAGAAGCCCAAGAGCCAAAGAGCCCAAAGAGCAUAGAGCCAUGA